CUUUAUAGAGAACUUUUCAAUGUCCUCGUUACAAAGUGCUUCACUAAGGCAGUAAAACUAAAACAGACACGUCAUAAAACCAUCAGGUUUUAAACAGAACAGAUAAAAACAAGAAAACAUUUUAAGGAAAUAAAAGACAGUUCAAAGAAUAUUUAAACUUGAUUAAAUCAGGAAAGGCUCUCUGAUAACUAAAUAAAAGUUGUUGUUUUAAGAAGGAGCUUAAAGGAGAUCACUGACUCAGCCGUCCUGAGGUCCUCGGUCAGUAAACACUCUGUUUACUUUAGUUUUCAGCCUCUGGAACAGACAACAGACUUUUACCCGAGGAUCAUGAAGAGCCUUUAAAGUAAUCAGUAAAACUUUUAAAUCUGUUCUAAAACAUACUGGGAGCCAGUGUAAAGAGGAUAAAACAGGAUUAAACAUUUCAGAGUUCACUGGUUAAACAGAACCAGAAAGAGGAGUUCUAUAACUCUAAUUAAAUAAAGUCAAAGUUAAACUGAAAGGUGUUCAUAUUUAUUACUUUUACAGGAACAUUUCCUUGUUGGUCUCAAGUUAACUUCAGCUGACAGCCUGCAUGGUUUAUAUAAGUCCUCCAUUUUACAGAGAACAAAACUUGCUGCUCUCCAGUUGAGUUUCCUGUGAUGAUUCCAGCAGAGACAUUUUGACAACAUCUGGUUCUUAGACCCAGCAGUUGAUCUUCAGUUAAAUUCAUCUCCAGUGUUUCCAGCAGAGUGACAUCAUGGCAGCAGCAGCAUCAGGUGUGCCCCCCCUGAAGCGCAGACGCAGCUUUGAAUUCCUACCCCCUUACAUGAGGGUUGUUCUGCUGGGGAACAGCUGGCCUGAAAGGAGAUCAGUGAGGAACUUCAUACUGGGAGAGACUAAGUUCAACACUGAGGAAGAAGCAGACUGCUGUCUGAGAGUCAGUGGACAGUUGGAGGGGAAAGAAAUAGUUCUGAUCAACACCCCAGAUCUGUUGCAUCCCAACAUCUCUCAACACAAACUAACAGAACAUGUGACAAACUGUGUGAGUCUCUCUGAUCCUGGACCUCAUGUGUUUCUGCUGGUUCUACAGCCUGAAUACUUCACUGAGGAACACAAACUGAAGCUCUGCAGAGUCUGCAGAGUCCUGAAACUCUUCAGUGAUCGA